AUGGCUUCCGUCGAUCCUCGUGUGGCCGCCGUGCUGGAUCGCAGCAACCAAUACGACAACUCUGACGACGAAGAUGCCCUCAUCGCCGAGCUGGAAGAAGACGAGUCCUCCUUGGCCGCUUUCCGUGAACAGCGAUUGCAGCAACUGCACGGCGAACUUGCCCGCGCAAAAGCACAGCGGAACUCGGACUAUGGCUCCUAUACCGAAAUCAAGGAAGAGAGACAGCUCAUGGACAUUACCACUUCUUCAAAGCUGUGUGUCGUCCACUUCAUGAAGCCAGACUUUAAUCGCUGCAGAAUCAUGGACGAAAGGCUUGCUGCAUUAGCGCCUAAGCACUUCGACACCCGUUUCCUCAGCAUCAACGUCGAAAACGCCCCUUUCCUGGUCGUGAAGCUCAAAAUCCAAGUCCUGCCCUGUGUCCUCUCCUUUAUCGACGGUGUCAGCAGCGACAGAAUUGUUGGCUUCGAGGGUAUCGGUUACAAGCCCGACUCCUUCACCCUGCAAGAGCUCGAGGCCCGUCUGCUAAACGCAAAUGUCUUGCUCAGAAGCAAGAUGGUCGACGAGGAUGAACAUGCCAUGAGAUCUGGCGCUGUACGCUCAGCACAUGUCACCGAAGACUAUGACGACGACGAGUGGGAUUGA